UUAUGCAAUUUCCUGCACGGACGUUUACGCAACUGUACUAGACAGCUCGUUUACCGGCUGUCAGCUGAAUAUAUUCUGCUUUUAUUCGGUUACUUAUCGUGUUACGGUAAUAUGGCUGGCUGUACCUUUGUUGCCAGACUUUUGCCGUUGGCGAGAGGCCGCUUUUGUAAUAACAUGUCUCUUCCCGUACGCAUAGCUACCCGUGCCUUUUCCUGCACUUUAACUUGUUCACAGCUUCAGCAAGUCCACGGGGUCAGCGCUUUAACGGGGAAAGUGGACCGAUUCGGUGGAGUGACAGUGAACCUGGCUGAGGUCGGACUGCCGGGUGACAUCAGCGAGAGCUCAUUCAGCGGUUUACUGCAAGAUUCUUUAGCCCAGUGGAAAGCAGAGGGGAAGGCAGCAGUGUGGCUUCGAGUACCCAUCUCGCUGAGUCGAUGUGCUGCCGCCGCCUCGGCUCACGGCUUCACCUUCCAUCAUGCCAGAAACGACUACGCCAUGCUGGCUCUUUGGCUGGGAGAGGGGGAGAGCAGACUUCCAGGUUUUGCAACUCACCAAAUUGGAGUGGCAGGUGCAGUUGUUGAUGAGUCCAGUGGAAAGGUCCUUGUUGUCCAAGACAGAAAUAAGACAAAGAAUGCUUGGAAGUUUCCCGGUGGUUUGUCUGAUCCAGGAGAAAAUAUUGGUACGACUGCUGUUCGCGAAGUGUUUGAGGAAACUGGUGUUCGCUCCGAGUUCAGAUCUCUGCUAAGUAUCCGGCAGCAGCACAACCACCCCGGUGCCUUCGGCAUGUCUGACAUGUACAUCAUCUGCCGGCUGAGCCCGCUAACCUACGAGAUCAACUUCUGCACUCAGGAGUGUCUACGCUGCGAGUGGCUGGACAUCAGCGAGCUGGCCAAAACCAGCAAGACCACGCCCAUCACCUCUCGCUUAGCCAGUCUUCUGCUUCAUGGCCUGGAGCACGGCUUUGAUAAGAUUGACCUCAACAUGGAGGAGCUUCCUGCUGUUUACUCUGGGAGGUUUUACCAGUUAUAUUACAGACAGUUUCCCAUCCUGAAAUUAUAGGAGCUCCACAGAUCACCUCAUUGUAGCCAGAUAUGGUGAAGCACGGUUGUCACCAUUAGUCAAAUAUUAAAAAUGUAUUUAUAGCUGGACUGUUACUUUUGAAGAAUUACAGUGUAACCGGUUGGAUUAAAAACACACUGCAAAUUUUAGGAUGCUUUUUGCAUCUGCAUUGCUGCAGUUUUAAAUGUUUUAUUUAACACGUCUUGGUGGCCAUGUUCAAAACCCAAAGUUGGCGGUCUUGUAAUAUGUAUUAAUCAAUGAUAAAAAAUGACAUCACUGUCAGAGAUAAGUGGUGACUUUAGCUAAUUUUAUCUUGGUUCCAGUUUCAUUUCAGAAAUGGGAGGGGGUAUAUGGAGGAAAAAACUGCCAACUUUGUAAGUCAAAAAUGAAUUCUUUACCACCCAAACAACUGCCAGCAAUGAAUAUAGGUUUUCCUCUCCAUGUUGGUCAUUUACAUCAGCGGUCUCCAACCCCCGAGUCGUAGGGUACCGGGCCGCAAGAGUUCAGGCUCGGAUGUGAAAUUUAUGGUUUUCAGGGGUUUUAUCGGUUUUUAUAGUUUGUUUUUUUUUUAUUGUUUUUAGCAUUAACUCUGUUUCUCUGGGUCUUUUACCAUGUGUUAUGAAUACAUUUUUUUUUUUUGGUACCGGUACUGGUUUUAUUUUGUUGUAUUCAUCCGCGACGCCUUAAAGGCCGGUCUGUGAAAAUAUUGUCAGACAUAAACCGGUCCGUGGCGCAAAAAAGGUUGGGGACCGCUGAUUUUAAAUGACUUUUUCACAGGCAGUAAUAUGGUGAUGACAAGGCAAAGCAAUGUCUUUAAAAUGUUGUGCUGGGAUUUAAAGGUUGUGUUUCUUGCCGAACAAGCUCAAUCAACAGCCAAUAAUACAACAAUUCACCAAGUCAACACUUAUCUAUUUAACAGUCCAAGUCCUACGUGUUCAAAAGGAGAAGAAAUGCUUGGGUUUUGCUUUUAGUGUUUCUUCUUCUUUUAAUUCAAAUUUUAUAUUUUUCAGACUUCUAUAAUACAGUUAGAUUAUUGUCGGAUUUAAACGUGUUUUCUUAUUUAUGAAAACACUCAAAUAUGCAGUAUAUUACCAACACCCUGCACUUAAACCCAGACUCCAACUUAGACUUUCAUUAGGUUAAGGUUAAGCAGAUAGCUAUUUUGAAUCCUUAUGGAGAGAGAGCUAUGUUAAUUUUUUUUU